AUGUCUGCCUCCCCGCAGCUCACGCAGGAGCUCACCGAGGACCUCCUCGGCGGCCGGUACGAGUGCAUCGUCUGCUCCGAGUCUGUUGGCCACCGACAGGAGCUUUGGGCCUGCCGAUGCUGCUAUGGUGUCUUUCACUUGCCAUGCAUUCGCUUCUGGGCGGACAGCCAAACGAAAGAGCGCGAGCGGCAGCUUCAGUCCACUUCUGGUGUCGCCACUCAAGGGGAGCUGGACAGAUUCCGUUGCCCUCUUUGCCAGUCCUUCAACACGAAAGAUAGCUUGGCUGUCUAUCGGUGCUAUUGCGGAAAGACAACGAAGCCGCCGGUAGACGCGAUGCUCGUGCCGGGCAGCUGCGGCCAACCGUGCGAGCGGCGCCAGGCAGACCCCUGCUGUCCUCACCGGUGUACGCUGCUUUGCCAUCCUGGGCCGUGUCCAGCCUGCACGCGUGCUCGCGAACAGGCAUGUUGGUGUGGUAGGUACUCCAAGACGGUGGGGUGCUCGAGCAGCAUCCACGGGUACGAGUGCGGCGAAACCUGCGAUAAGGUGUUGGACUGUGGACAUCAUCGCUGCAAGGCGCCGUGCCACGAAGGGCCUUGCCCGGUGUGCACGGUGAUGGUAACGGAGAAGUGCCAUUGCGGGGCUACCGAGCGCACGCGGCGGUGCGGGGCUGCUCCACCUACCUUGGCUGGUGCUGCCGCGGCAACGACUCAAGACAACGGCGCAGCUGAGGAAGGGAGAGCCGGCGCCUGUGCCAGUGACUUUCGCUGCGUGCGCCACUGCGAGAAGAAGCGCGAUUGCGGCAAUCACGUAUGCGGCAUGCUGUGCCACGCCGGCGUGUGCGAGAAGUGCUACCGCACACCGCAGCGCCAGAAGUUCUGUCCGUGUGGCAAAACGCGGGUGCAAGGACAGCGAACGUCGUGCAUCGACCCCGUUCCAUCGUGUGGGCUCACGUGCGAGCUACCACUGCCGUGUGGGCACCUGUGCUGGCUAACGUGCCAUGACGAGACACCGUGCGCGCCGUGCAAGGAGACGGUGACAACGCCGUGCGCGUGUGGCAACCGCCACAUUUCCUCCCCCUGUUUCUGCCAGUACUUGCCGGAGUCUGAGUGGGAGGCGGCGCGCGUGCAGUGUGGGCUGCCAGCUGGCUCACUGCCUUCGUCAAUGCCUCCCAAGUGCAGUCAAGUGUGCCGUCGCAUGUUGUCCUGCCACAAGCACCGCUGCACCAACACGUGCUGUACCGACGCGGAGCACACAUGCCUGCAGAUAUGUAUUCGCAAGCUCACAUGUGGUGAGCAUCAGUGCGGGCGACUCUGCCAUCAAGGUACUUGCCCUCCAUGCACUCACAUCUCGUACGAGCGCCUCUACUGCCGAUGCCGGAAGACGUGGGUGGAGCCGCCUGUACCGUGCGGGACGCGGCAACCGCAGUGUAACCACCCCUGCAGCAUUCCGCGUCUGUGUGGGCAUCCGCCAAAUCACCCAUGCCACAUCGAGCCCGAAUGCCCCAAGUGCGUCGUGCUGGAGGAGAAGGCAUGCGCCUCGCACCAGAAGCCGAUGCCGUUCCACCUGCCAUGCUACAAGACGGAGGUCUCGUGCGGACGAAAGUGCGGCAGGAACCUACCUUGCUGUGGCAAGUUCUGCGAGCUCGUGUGCCACAGCGGGCCAUGCGAGCACAACUGCUCGAAGCGUUUCCCCACACUGGGCGAUGUGCUGAAGCGUGGCAAGGGCGGGGCAGCGUGA